CAGGGUGCCAGAUGCCGGCCUCUUCGAUUCUUUGCAAAGAUGUGGUCAUCCUUAGCAGGAGCUGGAGGAAGCAAGCACAGUUCUCUCCUCUUUCGUUCUAUCCUCGUGACAAGUCUGCGAGGACUCUGAUGGGACCGUACGGCAUGGAUCGGACAGUGCAGUGUGUUGACUUCUAUGACUGUGCCAACGGACUGGGCAUCAAGGUAAUCGGUGGCAUCCGAGAGUCUCCCGCUGCGGGAGAAGAAUACGGGGUUUAUGUCAAGAGAAUCCUCCCGGGGGGCAUCGCUUACGCUGACGGCCGCCUUCAGCCCGGAGACCAGAUCUUAGAAGUGAACGGAGACAGUCUGAUCGGAGUAACAAGUGAGAGAGCUGUGGACAUUCUCAGAACUGCCUCUGCUACCAGCCAUAUGCGCCUUCUCAUUGCACGAGAUGAUGACGCCCGACAUGACGGAAACAACGAAGUGGCCUUUAUCCCUGGAAGAGGACGGUUGCAUCCCGGACUUUUGCCUCACAACAGCAUCCAGUGCUCACCCACCAAGGCCUUGGGGAACGGCCUGGGAUCCUCCCGGUUGAAAGUCCACGUGAGGUCCCCUGAGAGCAGACACGACAGUCCCUUCCCUGUGCCUUCCGCGUCGCCAGACAUCUGCCCGCCGGAGCUCACCAUUUCUGGUCCCACGUCACCUUCCAACCAGCGCACGUCUUUGGCCAGCAAACCCAAAGUGGUCCUGGAUCCACAUAUCCGUCUGAAGGAUGGGAAGCUCGAACUGAUGCUACAAUAUUUGGGCCUCGAUGUGAGCGAGGAGAAGAAGAGACAGUUACGGCAGAGCGUGACGACGGAUUCACAGGGCACGGUGGCCUACGGAGAUUUCCUCCAAGCGCUCAGGGAUCAGCUUCCGGAGGAGCUGGAGGAGGCCGGUCUGGAUUCGAAUUCUGCGCUGUUCACUCAGCACGAAGUGGCCACUCUUCUGGACACCUCAGCUUUCCAUUCUGCGACGUUCGACUCCAUCAGUUGCAAUGACAGUGAAGAACUGGAGCAGUUGCAGUUGGAGAUGAUGGAACUGCGGCAGGAAGUCCGGCGGUUAAAGACUCUCCUGAAGGAAGUAGAGAUCAGCAAGAAGUCCAUGGAAGAUGAGCUUCAGAGUCUGAACCAGAAGGCCUUGAGCUUCCUCUCGGACAACCGGACGCUACAGAACAAGCUGCAGGUGGCAGAGGUGUCUCAGCGCCAGGCCCACAGCGCAGAGCAGGACUACGAGGAAGUCAUCCAUUUGCUAGAGGCUGAAAUUGUGGAGCUGAAAACCCAGCUCUUGGGAAAGAAAACCCGGCUGGCUUCGGAAGUGGAGAACGACUUCUUGGAGCUCAAAAGGCGACUGUCCCUGGUGGACAGGCAGCUGAGGAGAUCGGAGAUCACAAGGAAACGUUUGGAAUACUGCAACGGGAGGCUGAUUCUGUUUGUGCAGAACGUCCAUAAACUCCUGAGCUCGCACUGUGCAGACGAGAAGAGUGUCCACAUUCCAGCUGGGGAGAAUAAAACAGAGGGAACUUCAGAAGCGAGGGUUCCUUCUUCAGAUCUUUGGGGCUUGCUGAUUGCAGAGGCGAAAGAGCUACUGGAACCUUCUGUGUCCUCCAACUCUACAAAGGACUAUUCGUCGUCCGACUGGGAUGAAUGUCCAGCCAGUGACAGAGCCCCAGAGUGCAAAGACCACCCUCACCAGAAGACCACCUGGCCUUCUCCUCCGAGCAGAGACGACGACAACUCACAACCACAAAGCACGUCCAGGGAACCUUCUGAGAAGCCUGCAUAACCCUCCGGCUUCAGUUGGCUCCUUGUGUAUUCAUAACUUGGACAUGCUGCUGCUCUGCGGACUGAAAAGGACGGACAAGGACCUAAAGAGCAGGCAGAUCAGCCCCACUGCACACAAAUACCUAACACCCAUGUCUCCUUCUUGAGAAGAGGGAAUCUCAUAGCCGAGACUUAACCAGCAAACUCAUCCUCUGGAUGGCUAUGUCUGUAUCUCUGGUCUGUGAUCUCCUGAUUUUGCAUGGCUUCGGACAAGCCACAGGGAAGCGAUUAGAAGUGGAUACCUGGAGAACUGGCAGCAUAUAGUUCCAGGAGCGGCCACCUAUAGGUGCAGGGGCACCUAGGGAAAUCCAACACAUUUCUUAUGGAAAACCAAAGUACAUUUUUUUUCAUGCUAUAUGUUGUCAUCGCUUGCUCAAUCCUGGUUAGCUCUGCAUAGCUGUCUUGGGACGCAUCUUUCUCUCUCGUUUGCUUUUUCUCUUGGUUGUGAAGGAUUGUGCGGACCGUACUGUGCAAAAGGGAAACAGGAGCUGGCCGGCUGCGUCGAGGGAGUCUCCGAAUUCAGGAUCCAUCACCAAAGACUUAUUGUGUUAUGGGUAUCCAAGAUCUCCCAGAUGACACAGCUCAGUAGCAAUUCAGUGUUGUUUUUUUUAAUUGGGGGCAGGGGGAGGUAUUAUUAGACCUCAGUUUUUACUCAGUUAGUAAAAUGGUAGCAAUUGGACGUGAGCGCACUGUUCUGGCAAAUAAAAUGACUGUUGAAUCUCUAAA